AUGGAUGAUGAAUGGGAUGAUUCUUCUGAUGUUGUGGUGCCAGCUCCUAUUAACAACUAUCAUGAGAAUAAUGUAGAUGAGGGACACAGUUUAUCAAGAGGUAGAGGAUUUCCCUCUUUUAAUGAUGAUGAUUUUGGUAAAGAUGUUGGGAAUGGUUUUGGUGAGAAACGUGGGCGAGGCGGUCGAGGCGGAGGCAGAGGUCGCGGGGGACGUGGCGGACGUGGAGGAACAAGGGAGCACAGAGAUUUUGAGACAAAUGGUGACCACUAUGAUGAUGCCAACAAUGAUGACCGAGGAGACAGAGGUGAUAGAGGUGAACGUGGCAGAGGUCGUGGUAGAGGCCGGGGAGGUGGAGGUGGAAGGGGUGGUCGCAAUAAUGAUGGAGGGGAGUCAAAUGAGGGAGGAGAAGAGGAAGCCAAGAAACCUCCUGUGACUUAUGUACCGCCAGAACCAACUGAGAAUGAACAAGAAAUCUUCAGUAGUACUAUUAGUUCAGGCAUAAAUUUCGAUAAAUUUGACUGCAUUGCUGUUAAAGUAAGUGGUGAAAAUCCACCACGACCAAUCGAAAGUUUCGAGUCUGCCAACUUGCGAAAGUAUGUUCUAAAUAACAUAUUAAAAUCUGGUUACAAGAAACCAACGCCCAUUCAAAAACACGCUAUUCCAAUUAUAAUGUCGGGCCGAGAUCUCAUGGGCUGCGCACAGACUGGUUCAGGGAAGACUGCGGCUUUCCUGUUACCUAUAAUUAAUGUUCUUCUACAAGAUGAAAGAGAGCUUGUUGUUAGUCCUAAUGCUCAACCACAGGUUAUAAUAGUGUCACCGACAAGGGAACUGACACUGCAAAUAUUCAAUGAAGCAAGGAAGUUUUCCCAUGGUUCAGUACUGAAAGUUGCUGUGGCCUAUGGUGGAACUGCUGUGCGUCAUCAAGGCGAUAAUAUUUCCAGGGGGUGUCACAUACUGGUUGCAACACCAGGAAGGCUACAUGACUUCGUAGACCGCAAGCGGGUAUCAUUUGAAAGUGUGCGUUUCGUUGUGCUCGAUGAAGCAGAUCGCAUGCUUGACAUGGGCUUCAUGCCCACCGUCGAAAAAAUGAUGGAGCAUCCCACCAUGGUCCCUAGUGGUGAGAGACAAACUCUCAUGUUCUCAGCUACAUUCCCGGAAGACAUCCAACAUUUAGCCGGACGCUUCCUCAACAAUUACCUCUUCAUCGCUGUCGGUAUUGUCGGCGGAGCCAGUACGGAUGUAGAGCAGAUAUUCCAUCAAGUCACCAAAUACGAAAAACAGAACAUGCUCAAAAAACUCAUUGAAGACAAUGAUGGCAAACGCGUAUUAGUGUUUGUUGAAACUAAACGUAAUGCCGACUUUAUAGCUGCGAUGUUGUCUGAGCAGCAGAUGUUGACAUCGUCCAUACAUGGUGACCGCAUGCAAAAGGAGAGAGAAGAGGCGUUAUAUAACUUCAAGAGCGGUCGGCAUUGCAUACUUGUAGCAACAGCUGUCGCAGCUCGUGGCCUAGAUAUCAAAAAUGUGGACAUUGUUGUUAAUUACGAUUUACCGAAAAGUAUUGAUGAAUAUGUGCACAGAAUCGGUCGAACAGGACGUGUCGGAAACAGGGGGAUGGCUGUAUCAUUUUUUGAUGCUGAUCAAGAUGUAGCAUUAACGGCAGACUUGGCAAAGAUUUUGCGGCAAGCAGAUCAGCCCGUACCAGACUUCCUGCAGGGUGGUGGUGGUACAGCUACAUACAAAGGAAACAAAUACGGUGGCAGCGACGUUAGGAAUUUCAGCAACACCAACUCUAAUGUCAAUCAAGGACAGGAGCCAGAAGAAGAGUGGUAG